GAUUAAUCAUCUCAAUGUACAAUUUUUCUGAAAUUUCACCAUUACUCCUCAAAAUUCGUUCAUGUAUACUUUUACCUAAAUGUGGUGGACGUUAUCUCCCUCCAGGAGCACUUUAUCGUCCACAUACUGAACGUUUUGAUGAAAAUUGUGAACGUAGACCAUUACCUCAUCCAGAAACACCACGGUUUCAAGAAAUUCCUCCUACAGAUCCUAAAAGUAAGGCGAAAAUUGCCGGUAAACGACCAUUUCAUAUGAUUUGUGAACCUAAUCAAGUGUACUGGUGGUGUUCCUGCGGUCAUAGUAAACGUCAACCGUUUUGUGAUGGACACCAUAUUCGGAUAUUAGGCGCAAAUCCAGCGUUUAAAAUCAAUAAGCGACAAUUCAAGCCUAUUCGUUUGGUCUAUGAAAAACCGUCUGAGGUAUGGUUUUGUACGUGUAAGCAGACGUCAGAACCGCCCUAUUGUGAUGGAACUCAUAACUGUAAAGAAGUUCAAUCUCAAAUUAGGAACUAAUUAUUACAAUUUUUUAAAAUAAAGAUAGCCAUUGUAUAGACAAUCACGUGUAUACCUUUGUAUAAUAUAAUUUUAUGAGUAUAAUAGAUAAAGUCUAUGAUAAUUGUAUUGGUUACGUAUGUUAUAUCAAUUGCAACAUUCACAUCAGUUUAUACAGUGAACUUGAAUAGUCUAUGUUGACUCUCUUUCUUUUUGAAGCACCAACCAAUAUAUUAUGUGACUUGAACAUAAAUGGGUUUUUUGUGUAUGAGUCUGAAAACCGUUUUUCUUAAUUAAUGUUUGGUCCGAUGGGAUGAUCCCCUUACAUUACCAUUUCUUGUGUGUACGCAAUUCAUCAGAGUUUCCGAUUUCCUUUUAAUAUUUCUUAUAAAAUUAUGAUAGAAUUGAUGUCAGUUGAUUGCAGAUGUAGGUAUUAAGUAGUA